ACAUUUGUUGAUUGUUGUGCAACCUUCUGACUUAUUAUGUGGAAAUCUGGUUACAUGUAUUUUUUAUAUUUUGGGAUUUGUGUGUUGCUUCCGUCUUCAGAAAGUCUGAAUAAGACAAAUGGAGGAAACUGCGGAACAAACGGAGAAAUCAACUGUUGCCAUAAUUACUACCAAGCGAAAAACACCUGUGUGGAGUGUCCAAAUGGAACAUAUGGCAGGAACUGUUCACUGAAUUGUUCGGAGAACACGUAUGGAAAGAAUUGUUUGAAACUAUGUAAUUGCAAACCAGAUGAAACAUGUGAUUCAAAAAGUGGAACAUGUUCAGUUAAACCCGGAUAUUGCAGAAACGGGACUAGAACUGUUGAAACUCCCUGUUGUAAUAAUUACCUCUACGUGAACACCACCUGUACAAAAUGUCCCAUUGGAACGUAUGGUUUCAAUUGUUCACAGAUUUGUUCAAGUGGAUAUUAUGGGAAGCUAUGCAUAAAACAAUGUGAAUGUCAACCAAAUGAAACAUGUGAUCCAAAACACGGAUGUAAAGGUGCUGGAACAGAUGGCUCGUCUGGUGCGUUCACACGAAUAGAUCCGUGGGUAGUCGGAAUAGUCGGGGUGUCCGCCUUCCUUAUUGCACUUUCUUCAAUUGGAGCCAUUGGGUGGUUAAGAUAUUACAAACUAAGACAAAGGCAAAGUCAUCAAGGUGUUUACUCUCAACCUCUACCGUGUAAUUUACAAUUGGUAUCUAUCCCAGAGGAGGAACGCUAUGAACAAAUGGUUAAGGAUACUCCACAUAAUGAUGAACGGGAUCCACAGCCAUCUCAGAAAGAUGAUGAUUACUUAGAACUCCAGUCACCGUAUGAAUUGUAUGUGAAUCCAGAUGACGGCUUACAGGAAAAUUCAACAACUGACAUGUAUGAAGACCCUAGAGAACAAAAGGAUGAAAUGUAUUUACACCCUGUAUCAGACGGGUACACUAGGAUAUGUGCAUAAUCUACAAAGAAACAGACAUGCAAGAAAUCCAUUUAGACUUCAGGGAGAGAGAGAAAUUGACAGAAGGAGAGAGAGAGAGAGAGAGAAAUCAGUAGCCUGAUAUCUGAUUCAAUAAUUGAUCACUGUUCGUUAUCUUCACCUUGAUAAAGCUCUUGUUGUUAACUGUGAAUAUCUUAUUUGCAAAACUGAGGAACGUGAUUGUGAAGCACUUGAUUGUAAUAUAUUAUCUUUGUACUGUAUAUUAUAGAAUUGUAAAACGUCAAUGGGAAAUGUCUCUCUGAGAAAUGGUACAACACCCAUAACAUCACUCCCCAUUGACUUGGAUUUCAAAUUUCACAAUGCUUUACGGGAUAAAUUUCAAAAUACGAGGACGAGUCAAUAACUAAGCAGUCUAUCCCAUUUCCGAUUGACCGAAACGGUCACGAUUUUCAUGCCUUGUUUCAAUACAUGUUUUAUUCCUGGGUUCAAAAUUGCACACGUAUGGAAACAUUCUUUAAUAAAAUCUUUAAUGUCAAACAUGGCUAGUGAUGUAAAUGCAUGCUUUUCAUCUAAAGUUGAGUACCGUGCUACAAUUUCACUUUGGUACUUGUAUUUAAAAGGUAAAUCAGGCAAGGAAAUAUACGGCAAGUCAACCGAUGUUUAUGGGUCUUUUGUACCAUCUUAGGCUCAGGUUAAAUUCUGGGUAGAAGAAUUGAAACGCAGUAUAACGUCUUUAGGAGAUGAAGCCAGGUCUGGAUGCCACCGACGAAGAAAUGUGUAAGAAAGUUCGGGAUCUGGUAUACUCUGAUAGGCGAAUUCAGGUGGAAGAAAUAGCGCAGGCAUUAGGAAUUUCACAUGGUAGCGUUUCAACAAUCUUACAUGACUGUUGAGGUAUGUGCAAGCUAACAGUCCAUUGGGUCCCCAAAUCCCUUAGUGAUGAGCAAAUGGCAACCAGAGCAUGAGUAUGCAGCGCGUUGUUGAAGACUUUUAAGUCCAAAGAUAAUUUUCUUUUGCGUCUGGUGACUAGGUGAGACUUGGGUUCAUUAUUAUGAGCCAGAGAAUAAAGUACAGAGUCGUCAGUGAGUAGGGCCUGGGUCCCCGAAGCCAAAGAUGUUCAAGAAGCAACCAUCUGCUGGCAAAGUGAUGACCACAGUGUAUUGGGACGCAAAAGGCGUUAUUUUGUUGGACUUUUUACCCAAAAGAAGUACGAUAACUGGAUUGUACUAUGCAAACUUGCUAGACCAGUUGAGAACCGCCAUCUGUGAAAAACGCUGAGGUAAACUCUCUAAAGGUGUUUUCCUACAACAGGAAACGCGAGAGUCCACAUUUGCAAAGUUGCAUUGAAUGCUGUAUAGCGGAACGGGUAUGAAUUAAUACAAUUUCUGCCUAUUCGCUUGACCUAGCUCUUAGCGACUUCUUCCUAUUUCCAAACUUCAAAAGGGAUAUCCGUGGACGUCAUUUCCGGUCUGACGAAGAAGUCGUGACGGCAGUUGAGGAUUGGACCAAUGGAAAGGACCCUGCCUUUUCAGUUCUGGGCUGAUGGUACUUCAACACCGUUGGUCUAAGUGAGUUCCUCAUUGACAAUAUCUUCGUGGUCUUUGGUGAUCAGGUCUUCCAACAGUCUGUUGGAAUUCCCAUGGGCACGAAUUGUGCUCCUUUGUUAGCUGACCUGUUUCUAUAUUCAUAUGAAGCAAAAUUUAUUCAAAAACUUCUACGCGAGAAGAAAAAAAUCUCUCGCUGUGGCCUUCAAUUCGACAUUUAGAUAUAGCUUUCAUUCAUAUGUCGAUUUAUUAUAUCCCUGUGAGCUCGAAAUAAAGGACACCACAGAUUCGUCCACUUCUGCUUCAUACUUAGAUAUUUUAUUGAAAGUAGACUUAACAGCAAACUGACAACUCAACUGUAUGACAAACGGGAUGAUUUCAGCUUCUCCAUCGUCAACUUCCCAUAUUUAUGUAGCAAUAUCCCAUUAUCACCUGCAUAUGGUGUUUAUAUAUCUCAACUGAUUCGAUAUGCAAGAGCUUGUUCUGCGUAUAGCCAGUUUCUAAAUCGAGGUAAGCUACUGACAAACAAGUUGAUGGUACAGGGGUUUCAACAGUCUCGAUUGAAGUCAGCAUUUCGCAAAUUCUAUGGUCGUUAUAACGAUCUAGUUCGUCAAUACAACCUCGCAUUGGGUCAAAUGCUGUCUGACGUGUUUCAUACCGAUUGUUAAGCCGUUCUUGGCACACUGAUUUUGACUGCGGAUAACUCCGUUUACCUGAUCAGGAUAUAGGGCUCACGGCGGGUGUGACCGGUCAACUGGGGAUGCUUACUCCUCCUAGGCACCUGAUCCCACCUCUUGUGUGUCCAGGGGUCCGUGUUUGCCCAACUAACUAUUUUGUAUUGCUUUUAGGAGUUAUGAGAUUGAUCACUGUUCGUUAUCUUCACCUUGCACUAGAGGACAAUCACAUCGAAAAAGAAAAAGUGAAUGGAUCUCAACGGGAAAUAAAUUAGGCUGGUUACUUAUUGACUCGCCCUCAUAUAAUGAAUCUAUGAACUUACGAAUGGUUAUUGUAUCUAUAUCACAAACAUACAUUUUGUAUUCAUUUAUCUUAUGUAUAUACAUCGACAUCAGUCAUAAUUUCCAGCAUACAUUGUAAAUGCAUUAAUGGUAACCUUUCUCAUAUACGUCACGCCAUGUGGACUAAAAUUCAAUAAAUUGUUGUCUCAUUUCA